CCCUCUCCUCCACUUUCUCCUCCUCUUCCAUCCAGCGGCAUCGCGAAGCUCCCAGGCCGGCAGGAGUGCAGCGAAAGCGGCCGCCGUCGUGUCCGUUCUGUCAACUGUUGAUUAGUGGCCGACGUCAAUGACUCUUGAAAGGUUUAUGAACAAGCGUGUUCCUUCCAACAAGCGAUACCAGCCCACAGACUACGAGCACGCUGCCAACUGCGCCACGCAUGCGUUAUGGAUUAUUCCGAGCCUGCUGGGCAGCUCGCUGCUCCACUUCCAGUCGGAGGACCAAUGGGAACGCGUGUCGGCGUGGGUGUAUGGGGCCGGACUCAGCUCGCUCUUCACAGUCUCAACACUCUUCCACACUGUCGCUUGGAAGAAGAGCCACCUACGGGAUGUGGAGCAGUGUUUCCACAUGUGUGACAGGAUGGUGAUCUACUUCUUCAUCGCCGCCUCCUACGCGCCCUGGCUGAACCUGAGGGAGCUAGGACCCUGGGCGAGCCACAUGCGCUGGCUGGUCUGGGUGAUGGCGCUGUCCGGGACCACCUACGUCUUCUUCUUCCACGAGAGGUACAAGAUCGUGGAGUUGAUCUGCUACACGGUGAUGGGCCUCUUCCCCGCCUCGGUCAUCCUCUACAUGCCGGAGCAGGCGGGCCUGUGCGAGCUGCUGCUGGGCGGCACCUUCUACUGCCUGGGCAUGGUGUUCUUCAAGAGCGACGGCAUCGUGCCCUUCGCCCACGCCAUCUGGCACCUCUUUGUGGCCCUCGGCGCCGCCGUGCACUACUACGCCAUCUGGAAGUACCUCUACGCCCCGCCCGCCAACCCCGUGCGCACCUCCAGAUGACAGCGCCGCUGACAGAGACGCCCCAGCCGCCGCCCGACAUUCCGCUCCGUUCCAAAGUCGCUGCGCUUUGUCCUCUGGGAGAAGCCGCGUGUCACAUUGCGUGUCUUUUGUGUCAAAUGUUUACACUCUGCUGGAGCAGGCGCUUCUCAACUGUUUUUUUUUUUUUUUUCCGAAACAUUUUUAGUGGAUUAUUUCUAGUCGUGGUGUUCUUUUCUAUUGUGCAAGGUCAAUGGCGAGGAGCCGUGGUGUUGCGGUAAUUGUUUGAAGCCGCUGCGUGGUGAUGCUUGGCCAGUUUUAUUUGAAUUUUUGUACUGUGCCGACAAUUUCAACUGUUUGUGCUUAUUUCUAUUGUGCAAGGUGGCCCGCAAUCGGGACUAACCUCAUUUAAGCAAUUGUGAGGCACAUCUAAAUACGAUAUUCACUUAAAAAAAAAUUUUUUUUGAACAAUGUGGAUUAUUUGUGGUGCGUUCUCUUUAUUGCUAUUGAGCAAAGUGACAGUAAUCGUAACACUAACUGGCAAGGACCAAUUGCAUCACAGUAAUUGUGUAAUAUGUCCACAUGGCGAUGUGUGACCAAUUUUUUCUUACUGCGGAUUAUUUCUAGUUGUUCAUCCUUGUGCAAGGUUUCCAGUUUCUGGUUACUGUGACAAACUGGCGAGAAACAUUCCAAUUACAGCGACAUAUCUACUACAGGAUACACAAUGAUGUGUGAUUUUUUUUUUUUUUUUCCAACACUGUCAAUUAUUUCUGAUUGUUCACUUUAUUUCCGAUUUGCAGUGUGCCGGCUACGGCUGACUGGCAAGGCAUGAUAGCUUUACAGUAAUUGUGGAUUUUUUCUAGCCGUUCACUUUAUUUCUCUUAUCGUAACUGAAAGGCGAGGAGCGACGGCGUCAGAGUAAUUGUAGGAAACGUCGACAUGAACAGCGGUUGUUGACUUGACUUCCUUUUUUUACUAUGUGGAUGAAUUCAAGUGGCGGUUCUUAUUUCUGUUCUGCAAGGUGGCUAGCUAUUAGGACUAUUUGGCGAGGGGUGAUGGCGUUAAAAUAAUUGUGUGAAACCUCUACAUAAGAACGUCUGGCAGAUUUUAUUUAUUUUUAUUUGCUAUGUGGAUUAUUUCAAUUGGUUUUGUUUGCAUCUGUUGUGUAAAGUGGCUGGUUAUCAUGACUAACUGGCAACAAGCAAUGGCGUUUUAGAAAUUGUCUAAAAUCUACAUGAGAAUAUGUGGCUGGUUUUAUUUAUUCAUUUUUUUAUGAUGCGGAUUAAUUCGAGUGGUUGUGCUUGCUUUGAUUGUGCAAGGUAGCCGAUGAUCACGACUAACUUAUGAACAACAAACACUCGACAGUAAUUGUAUCCCAAGUUCACGCGACAAUUCGGGACCAAAUUGUGGAUAAUUUCUCCUCAUUCACUUGAUUUCUAUUGCACAAGGUGCUGGUUAUGACAAUCAUGGCAGUAAUUGUAAAACAACACAUCUCCAAGACAAUCCGUAAUGGGAUUUUAUUUUACAAUUCUGUGGAUUAUUUCUAGUGAGUCUGCUUAUUUCUGUAGUGCAAGGUGCUGGGAGUCAUGACAGUUAAAGAAUGAUCGCAUUACAGUCAUUGUAUGGCAGACACCUUUUGGUGUGACUGAGCGUGUCCUGGAUGUUUUUUUUUUUUGUUUGUGGAUUAUUUCAUGUGGUUGUGUUCAUAUCCACUGUGCUGGAAGGU